AUGCCCAAUACAACGGCCUCCGCGGGACCUGCCGCCGCUACGGCCGCAACCGUCAGCUGGCUGCAUGCCUACCCGCCGCUCCUGAUCCUGGCGUCCGCUGCCAUGGCCCAGCCGGCCGGCCGUCUCCUCAGCGUCGGCGCCGUCUGCAGCGUCUGGCUGCGCGUGUCGCCCAUUCUGUGCGCGCUGGACGCGCUGUCCGUGCUUGCUCGCUGCCUCGUCUACUGCGUCCUGCUGCGCGCGACGCCGUGGCAGGCUCUCGUCCUGAUUGGGACCGACCGGUUCGCCGACGACGCAGGCACCGCAGUCGCAGCAGCCGCCUCGGCGACGGAGCGCGGCACGACGUCGCGGAUCGCUGCCGUGGCCAAGGCGGCGACGACGACGGCGAUCCGACUGGCCGGGUUUGCGCUGGGGGUGGUCCCGCUGGUCGAGCUGGUCUGGUUCGAGCCGGGCGGGCGCGAGGCGCGGUGGACGGCCGCGUGGGCGUGGCUGUACGUCGGGUCCUAUGUCUUUCUGGAGGCGGCGGCCGCGGUGUAUCGUUGGGAGCAGGCGCAGCCGCAGUACACGGCAGCAGACUUUGAGCUGGACGAGGUGGAGGCAGACGAGGUGGCACAAGAGGCGGCGGCAGUGACGGCGGGGAGCGGAACCGAGGGCGUGCCGUAUGACGGAGUGCCAAGUAGAGAUGCGACGGCACGUGCAUCGCAAGAAGGAACGGUCGUGGGCGACGACGACGACGACGACGACGACGACAAUCCAGUCGACGAUGCGGAGACGGCAGACCUGCUCAUCCGCGGCGGUGACCGAAGCGAUACGGCCGCGGCCGCUGCUCCUGCAGAUGCUGCGGAUGCUGCGGCGGCUGCGACGCCGGCCGACGUCGAGGCCGCCACACCGCGUCCGUACGAAUACAACAGCGACCCGUCCUCCCAUCCACGCCUGCCCGGCAUCCACACCGCCUUUGCCCACGGCGAGUCCUACGUGAUUGGGCUCGGCGUCCUCGCGCACGCCGUCAUCGUGUACUGGGUCUUUCUAGACCUCGUCCAGCCGCCCAUCAAUGCGCACAUCCUGCAGGUCGACAACACCACCAGCGACGGCUGGCAAUUCGUCAGCGGCUGGGCGACGCCCCUCUACUACAUCAGCCUGCCCUUUACCUUUGCGGCAAUGCUGCUCAUCAUGGCCAUCACCCUCGGCAGCGGCGCCCUCGUCGUCAUCGCCUUGCUGGGCGUCGCCAAGGCUGUCAUCGCCCAGCUGCCGGCCUCCGUCACCGGCUGGGCACGGGGCCUUGUGCCCGCCGCCAUUACCGUCGGCAUGGCCGGCCUCGGUGGGCUGGCCACGGUUGUGGCGUUCUUCAUGGGGUCGCCCGCGCUCGGAGGCCUCCUCUUGUCGUCGCACUCGAUGUGGAUCUAUGCGAUGCUCUCCGUCGAGAUCGUCCUGCUCGUCCUCUACUUGUUUGCCUCUUUUUUGCUCUACGUCGUCGUCCGGCAGUGUGCCAUCUUGAUCAAGACGAGAUACGGCGAGCCGCCCUCGGCGACCGAGCAAGAGCCCGCGCCCACGUCCUCGUCCACGUCCACGUCACGAUUCGACCGCCGCCUCUCGCGCACCACGUCCGUCUUUCCCGCGCCCGCCGCCGACGCUCCUCGAUGGGCCGCCGGCCUCCUGCCCUACACCACCGACGACAGCGCCGGCCUCCUAGCGGUGGCCCUGCACACCCUCGUGCUGUCGCUGGUGUGGUACGCCGUCCGCUUUGCCGUGUCGGGCCACUGGGCACGGCAUUGGGCGGAUGCACUGGUGGCGAACGCCACGAUGGUGCACAACGGGACAAACGCGACCACCAAUGCCGCCUUCUCUGUGUCGUCUGUUGUCGCGUCCAGCACGCCUGUCAGCACACCUGUGCAACUGUUUUGA